AUGAAAAAAUCACCAUUGUUUAUUUAUACUACGAGAAUGGGGUCUUACUAUCACUUAACCCCAUUCAAUCAGCAAACGCUUAACUUGGAUACAUGCUUAUUGAGUGCUGGUGACUUUUUACAUAUGGAAAACACACUGAAACUACUUCAAUCAGAAACCAAUAUUAGUUUUCGCCAAUACAUUAAUCAAGAGAAUAAAAUCCUUUACAUGACUUCAAUUGAUUCUUAUAAGAUGAAAUGUGUUGAAGGAUCAUCCAAUAAAGAUGGAGUUAAAAUCGCUUAAUUAGAAGGAAUCAAACCCAUGACCAAUUAGUAAUAUAUUGAAUUGGCAAAAACCAUUAAUCCAGAAAUGCUGGUCUCCUUAACUGAAAAACUAGAAAUCUAAGCAGGCCAAAAAUCUACAAAGAGAUCUUCUGCAAAAUCAGCCAAAUUUUUAAAAGAAAGCUUGGAUUAACUAAAAGACACUCAAAUAAGCAUUUACGGUGCCAUCUAAGGAGGGUUGGACACUGUGUCAAAAAUCAUUGCAGCAGAAGAACAAAAGUUUGCCAUUGAUUAUCCAAAUUUUAAAGGUUUUACUCUCUUUGGAUUCAAUCAAGGCAGCACUUGGCAAGAAAAGGAAGAUGCCCUCUCUGUAGUAUAAUCAGUCUUUGAUGGAUACAAUGUAUAAUACAUUUUGGCAGGAUAUGGAGAUAUCUUAUCAAUUCUUUGGGGUUUGAGUUGGGGAAUAGAAGGUUUUGAAAUAGAAGAGCCUUUUAGAUUUGCACAAGAUCUCAAAGUACUUUUACCACCUAAGUUUGAUGCAAAAGAUAGUGAACUAGAAUAGUUUUCUGAUGAUAAAAUUAAUUUUUAUGAAUUAGAGGGCAAAAAGAUUAAUUAUUUGAACUUCCCCAUAAAUUCAGACGUUAAAGAAAAUGUACCACUGAACCCAGAGUGUCAAUGUUUUUCCUGUCAAAAUCAUACCAAAUUGUACAUAUCCCAUCUUGUCGAAUGCAAGGAGAUGAAUGCUUAAGUAUUGUUAACAAUUCACAACACUUAUCAAUAUUAAAAACUGUAGUAGAAAUUAUAGGAGAUGUAAAAUAAAAAGCAAUUGAAUCAAUGGAUUAGAUGGUAUUUAUAAUUUCUGUGA